UAACAUGACUUCCAUUAUGUUGACAUAGCGUUUGUUUUGUUAUGUAAUCAAAGAUAAGCUCAUUAGACUUUUACGUACAUAAACCAACCGGAUGUAGCAAAAAGUCACACCGGAUAUGGUUAAAGUGAAGCUUCAUACCAAGACGCUGACAAACUAUCUCUUCUGCGAGCUGUAAACAGGGGACCCAAGUAGUUCAGAUACGUCGUUGUCAACAGUCUGUUUCAGCUGUUCGUCGACAGCAGCACAGCUCAGUGUAAAGGAAAAUGGAAGAAGACAUUCUGACGACGCUGAAAAUACUGAUAAUAGGAGAAAGUGGUGUUGGGAAGUCCAGUCUCCUCUUAAGAUUCACAGAUGACACGUUUGAUCCAGAGCAGGCAGCAACAAUAGGUGUUGACUUCAAAGUGAAGACUAUUUCUGUGGACGGUAACAAGGCAAAGUUGGCCAUAUGGGACACUGCCGGGCAGGAGCGCUUCCGAACCCUGACGCCCAGUUACUACCGCGGUGCCCAGGGAGUCAUCUUGGUGUACGAUGUCACACGACGAGAAACCUUUACCAAGCUUGAUAACUGGCUCAAUGAACUGGAGACGUACUGUACAAGAAAUGACCUUGUGAAAAUGCUUGUUGGAAACAAAAUUGAUAAGGAAAACCACGAGCUAGACAGAGCCGAAGGGCUGAAGUUUGCAAGAAAACAUUCCAUGCUUUUUAUAGAGGCAAGUGCUAAGACCAGGGACGGUGUUCAGUGUGCAUUUGAAGAGCUGGUAGAGAAAAUCAUCCAGACUCCAGGGUUAUGGCAGAGUGAGAGCCAUGGUCGAGGAGUCCAGCUCACUGACGAGGACGCAGGAGGUGGAACCUGCGGUGGCUACUGCUCCCUGGUCUAGAUGACGUACACAAAUACAUUCACACAAACACAUGUUCAAACAUACAUGUGUGAAUACCACACACAGUGUCACACAGUCAAACACAAACAUAAACACACACACACUUGACAGAACACCCCCCUUCCCACUGUGUGCUGUCCUGAGCUGAGCUCCUUAUUCAGACAUGAAGGCAGUGGAGGGCUGACUGUCCCCCCUCCUCUGAGCUGUAAGGGUUGACCAUCCCCACACUCUGCCUGUGUUCACACAGACACUACUUUUUGCACACUUUCUAAUAAUAAUGCUGCGCUAAAAUGAAAAUGCAGCUCAGCCUUCCUCUUAAUGGAAUUUGAGUGAGUUGACUCUCCUCCGUUUUGUCUUGAGUUACAGUUUUGUGCAGUUUUAGGACCUUGGUCAAAAUUAUAACCAUUUUUCAUUUUCUCAAAUAAGUGUAAACCAAAGUUUGUCAGACAAAUGGCCAAGUCUGAAGAGUGAGAAUGGGAAUAGAAAAAAACUUUUUUUGACCAAGGUUCCUUGUUUGUUCUCCAGCAUGCUUUUUGCUCUUGCUCUCAGAGCACCUUGCCUUAGCAAGCACAUCUGUAUCAGUGCAGGGCCGACUUUUCUUCUGUUUGUCUUUCCUCUGCUCUGUCCUGUGCUUGAUCUUGAUCCCGCCCUCCCCCCAACACAGACUCAAUGAACAUUAUGCUGCUUAUAGAGAAGCUUAUCAAGCCAACCCAUCUUGUAUUGCAUCUCACCACUCUCAGUAAUAGGCGUGGAUCAUGUGUCUCUGUUGUCCACACAACUGCCUCAUUUCUUCAGAAUAUAAUAGAGUUACCAAGUGUUUGGAAUGACGUUUCACUACUUUUAUUGACUUGGACUUCAAACCUUUGGUGUGUUUUGAAGAGUGCAUAAAUCAAAGAGAUUGGCACCAGCGAGCUUUCCACUGGGUGCAGAAGAAGAGGAAACCUCUUAAAAUUGCACGCCUUUUUUCUAACGAGUUGCUUUAAUGGAGUGCGACCUACUGGCACUCCCUGACUCAGACAGAUAAUAUCAGUAAUAUCACUAGCACUGCUACAGUCUCUCAUAUAGAUUCCUUUGACUGCACAGAGACAAAGGAAAAGUGUUCAAUAUUAAACAGGGCAGUGAGUCAUAAGGGUGUUUCCACUGAAUUUGGAAAAUCAAAGAAAGAGCUGCGUGCUCCACAUUGCUAAUGGAUUUCACAGUACUCCUAUCUCUGUGUUUAUAUCUGAGAAGCAGUUAUAAAUGUACUGUACCCCUGACCUCUGACUAUGUUUGUAGUAUUCGAGUGCUGGUGUAUGGUCUGGGAAAUUCUGGAAAAUGUAGUUCUGAGAGUUUGAUGUUGUAACAGGUAUGACAUGGAUAGCAAGCAUGUCUUAUCACAGAUAGGAAUUUUUUAAAAUCUCUUUUUAAUUGCAUGGGAAAUUCUGCGUGCCAUUCUUUUGUGUUUGUUUGUCCAGUGAAUGACCUUCAGAGGCUGUUUACUAUAAACACCUUAACUUAUAUUUAGCUGAAAAUAAAACAUUGCAUACAGUUUUACCAUUUGAAUUUAAUGGUAUGGCAUAAUAAGGCAAAAAGGAAGUAGGCUUUUACUUACUAAACUGGUAUAGCUGUCUUUUCUGUGUUCAGAAAUAUGUUAAAACAUGUAUGUAAGUUGUAAAUUGUGUAUUUUAGGAAUUCAGUGGGAUGAUUCCUGUAUGAAUUGUAAGGCUGAAUGUAUACAUAUUUCACUACAAACCGCCCCAUGUAUUAAACUAAAUAAAAUUCUUUUUUAAGUGAAUAUAA